AUGGGAAUUGCAGGUUCGUUCCUGUGGGUGCCUUCUGUCAAACAAGAAUGUGGGUAUAUUAUUCGUAUCUCACUCUCUAAUGCCAGUACCAAAAUAUGUCUGCACUCAGCUGUCGAAGCCUAUCUCAGAGUUCCUAGGACUGGUAUAUAUACUGAGCCCCGUGUGCUCUGUCCAGAGAGAGCAUGGUGGAUCCAGGCGAAGAAGCUAGACGAUCAGCGAAAUUCCGUCGAGCGCCAGAUGUAUCUACCGUCACGGAUCGACAAUAUUCCCCCACCAGGCGCAAGAAUCGAGUGCACACAGGCCACGCGCGCAUCCGGGCUCGGAGCGGCGGGCCUGGGCUGCAGUGGGCGGCUGGGGGGCGAGGCACACUACCACAGUGUGCUGUGGUGCGGCGGGGACGCCACGCCGCGCAGCUGCGGGCUGCAUUCCAGCCACGCAUGCACGAGGAGCCGGGUGACACUGCCACCGCUGGCGUCGCUGCUGCAGUCCAGCGGCUACAUGGGGUUCAACAGCGAGCCGCGGGCCGUCACGCGCUCGUGUCUAGGGGCGACACAUCCCGAAGGCCAUUACGGCAGGGACAUGCUGAGCAGCGCGGUGGGGCACGCCGCGUGUUACGUGGGGCGCCAGAGCCCGUUGCUACCGCUGGGCGACGCGAUUGCGCCGGCGCUCCCACCCAAGCCAUCGCAUCGCUGCGUCGCGGGGAACGCGCAGCUGCGCCGGCCAGUGCUGCCCAUCGUGGGGCCCGCGGCGUCGCCACGCUACGAAACGAACAAGACAUGCCUCGUUUGUGGCAGACGAUGUACCCGUCCCAGCACGCUCAAGACACACAUGCUCAUCCACACGGGCGAGCUGCCUUUUCAGUGCAGUUGGCCCGGGUGCUCCAAGCGGUUCAACGUCAGGAGCAAUAUGAACCGACAUGUGAACUCCCACAAGCGCCGGCUGAUGAAGGAAAGCAAGAAGAAAUCCAGUUCUCCCGGAGCCGGUAUGCUAUGA